AUUUCCAGUACAUCAACAUUUAUUUGAAAUCACUGGCUUUUUUAGCUCUAAAUUGUUUUCUAGGUUUGCAAAACUUGCUGUUGCAGUUGGUUUUGUAGUCAUGCUAUAUUGCGUCGUUAGUGUAGUUUGGGGUUUGGGCAUCCCCGGCUGCCAAGCAUCAAGUGGUGUGCGGGAGCAGAGCAUAAAUAAUCAACUAAACUUCCAACCUGGCAACCUUCUUCAAGUCACUUCUGCCAGUGAGAGAGGAGUCGCUUCCAUCAGCGGGUAUGGUACUUGUGGAAUUUUGAUCCAACUGGACAUCAUACAAGCCAUUUAGGAUAAUCGAAACGGCACUUUAUAUUUCAGAAAACGUUAGAGAAAAAAAAUCAUUUGCCGACCGUUUGCCUAUGCAUGAUGAAGAUUGGGGAAAGGAAUCAAAUUGCAAGUAUUUAGAUUUCCCGAAGUCAAACUAACAAUUAUAGCCUGUCAUCGACUGGGAAUUAAGCAGUGAAAAUGGCAAGUUUUGCUUUUGAGGGAACUUCGCUCGUGAACAUGUUUGUACAAAACUGUUGGGUUGUUGGCACACAGCGAAUAAUUAGUCAACGCGGAGAGGAAGAAUUCAUUGAAGUCCGGACCGAGUUAUCGGACAGGAGCGUUCUCUAUUUGCACAGAACGGACCGCGAUCUCGGAAGCCUUCUAAAGAGACUCAUGGAUGCUUUCCCAGAGGAUAGAGCAACUCCUACACAGUCAGCGCUCCUAGAUGGACUUGUGCGAAUAAGAGACGCUGCAGAGGCCAAUGAUAUUGAGAUUCGAUUGCAAGAGGUGGAAAAACUCCUCAGGAGGGUCGUUACCUUGCCAAUGAAGUAUUCACGGUCAGAAGCAGUGCUCACGUUCUUUGAGCAAUCUCCGCUGGACCUGAUGAUAAGAGAAAACAACAUCAACAACAUGGAGCCAUACUACCAGAGUCCAGUAACAAUAUCAGAUAUCAUGAGGUGCAAUGGAUUUUGUCUGGCUAACACAGAGACCAUUUUUUAUGACUACAGUGCACCACAGGUCAGACACAGAGCCCUGUCAAUGUCCACAUGUACAGAGUCUGCAGGUUUUGGGUAUGAUACCCAAUCUGGGUUUAAGGAGACCCUGGACAUCGUUGAGACAGCAUCAACGGAUGGUAGUGCCGAAGACCAAGAAACGUCUUUCCCUAAUCUGACGUACUACCAACUACUGACCUACGAGACUGAUAUUCUGGAAUGAACGACAGUGGCGGACAUAUUGUUUGAGUCUGUAUGGUUCUCCCUUGUUUACCUACACUUUCAGUGGUCCGGUCCAAAUGAUGUAGGUUACAGACAGGAUUGGGGAGUAACAGAUUACAGUAGUCAGUUAUGUGUAAUCUCAUUACCCCUCCAAAAAACUGUACCUGUAACAAGUUAUGUUAUCAGCAAAAAUAUUGUAAUCGAAUUAAAGAUACUUUUGGAAAAACGAGAUGAAUUUAAAUUCAGAAAUUAUGUUUUGCAAAAAAAUACAUUGAGACCUUUCUGUUUCCUCAAUGACAUUCAAUUCAGCAUAAAGAAAACAAAGAAAACAAGGCUCAAGUUUAAGUUUGUUCCACUUGAGUGAGUUUUGACCACAAGACCACUAUGACGACUCACCAAUGUGUUUGACAAAUCCUUUUUGUUGUUGUUGUUGUCUUCUAAUGCCUCUUAAGAGGAAAGUAACUGAAAUCAUUCAGAUUACGUUAAUGAGUUUGGGUAAUCCAAAGGGUAUGUUACUGAUAACAAUUUUGAACAGGUACAGUAAUUUUGGCCAUGUAGUGUAACAGAUUACAUUUAGAAAGUAACCUACCCAACCCCUGGUUACAGUCUGUUGCUGCUAGACUACCUGGUCUGGUCUAAAUGAUGUAGGUUACAGACUGCUGCUGCUAGAUUCAAAUGGUUUCACAUUUGUGCCACGAUGAUGGUAGAGUAAAAAUACUUGUUCUCCAAACGUAUUAACCAAUAUACUAACUCUUAACAAGAUAUUAACUGACUUGCCUAGUUAAAUAAAUGUUAAAUAUAAAAUAAAUUAAUACGAAAUAUAUUGCAUUGCAGUGAGAACUGGUGUCAUUCCUUUCCAGGUUAAAUCACUCACUAGAUGUGUUUUCCCAACAUGCAGGAAAAAGGUUCGCUCAACUUAUUCUAGGGUUUCACAUCCUGGAAUCUGCUAUGUUAAAGUUUUGUUGAUAAAUACUGGUUGGGGAUGGGAGAUCAGAGGGAUAUAGCACAGGAAGGGAGUGGUGGGGCAAUGUGGUCUGCGGGCGGCAGCACUACCACCAGACCUCACCACAUUUCCAUGGAUCUGUACUCCUAUCGCAUAUCUUGUUGGAGCCCACAUUGCAGUAGGAUUAAAACUGACGUCAUAAUGCACAGUGAGAAAAGGGUAUAUAAAUGAGAGUAAGUAAAUUUUGUAUCUGAUGCCUGAGUGGGGCCCACAUUGGAAUUGGUUCCCCAGUCUCGAAUGUAAGCUGCACAACACUGCCGCCAACUGGCCAAUAAGGAUAAAAGCACAUUCCAGAUAUGGUGCAGUUCUUUGGCUGCAUCUCGAUAGUGGCUUUCUCUCCUCGUCUCCUCUCCUUCAUCUGCAUUGAUCUGGUGGUCUUGUUUUGAUCUGUAACAAACUGGUGAAAAGAACAUGGUGAAGCCUAUACUAGAUCUAGUCCAAUCCAGUUCUUUAUGAAGUCCAAUCCAGUUCUUUACGAAGUCCAAUCCAGUUCUUUAUGAAGUCCAAUCCAGUUCUUUACUAAGUCCAAUCCAGUUCUUUACACCAGCUAGUCCAAUCCAGUUCUUAAUCUAGUCCAAUCCAAUUCUUUACUAAAUCCAAUCCAGUUCUUUACUCCAGCUAGUCCAAUCCAAUUAUUUACCUAGUCCAAUCCAGUUCUUUACCUAGUCCAAUCCAGUUCUUUACAAUACCUAGUCCAAUACAGUUCUGAAGUCAGUCCAAUCCAGUUCUUUACGCCAGCAAGUCCAAUCCAGUUCUUUACGCCAGCUAGUCCAAUCCAGUUCUUUAUGCCAGCCAGUCCAAUCCAGUUCUUUACGCCAGCCAGUCCAAUCCAGUUCUUUACGCCAGCCAGUCCAAUCCAGUUCUUUACGCCAGCCAGUCCA